GUCUCCAUUUAAUCUCCGUCUCUUGCACUGAGAGGGGUCGUUGAUACACACUGGGAGUUCGCACAGUAUGGCAGCACCAAAGAAAGUCUGUAUAAUCGGCUCUGGCAACUGGGGCUCUGCCAUUGCCAAGAUAGUGGGUUUUAAUGCAGGCAAGAACCCCAAGUUUGACAAGACCGUGAGCAUGUGGGUUUUUGAGGAGAUGGUGAACGGGCGUAAACUCACGGAGAUCAUUAACACAGACCACGAAAAUGUCAAGUAUCUUCCAGGACACAAGCUGCCCCCCAAUGUGCUGGCUGUCCCAGAGCUGGUGGAUGCAGUUAAAGGGGCUGACAUCCUGCUCUUUGUAGUUCCACACCAGUUCAUACAGAGAAUAUGUGACACCAUCAAAGAUCACAUCAAGAAGGAUGCAGUGGGAAUGUCUCUCAUCAAGGGUGUGGAUGAGGGUCCUGAGGGACUGAAGCUGAUCUCUGAGGUCAUACGAGGAAAGCUUGGCAUCAGCAUGACGGUGCUCAUGGGAGCAAACAUCGCCAAUGAGGUUGCAGACGAGAAGUUCUGUGAAACCACAAUCGGAUGUAAGGACAAGGUGAACGGCCCUCUCCUGAAGGAGCUGAUGCAGACCAUCAACUUCAGGGUGACUGUGGUGGAGGAGGCAGAUGUGGUGGAGAUCUGUGGAGCUCUCAAGAAUAUUGUGGCGGUGGGCGCGGGUUUCUGUGACGGUCUUGGUUUCGGUGACAACACCAAGGCAGCGGUGAUCCGCCUGGGCCUAAUGGAGAUGAUCGCCUUCACCCGGGUUUUCUGCACUAACGGACCCGUCUCCCCGACAACAUUCCUGGAGAGUUGUGGCAUCGCUGACCUCAUCACAACCUGCUACGGAGGACGCAACCGCAAGGUCGGUGAGGCGUUCGCUAAAACAGGAAAGUCUAUUGAGGAGCUGGAGAAGGAGAUGCUGAACGGACAAAAGCUUCAGGGUCCAGCCACGGCAUCUGAAGUCCACCAUAUUCUGAAAAUCAAAAACCUAGUGGACAAGUUCCCUCUGUUCAAUGCUGUUUACCAGAUCUGCUUCAAUGAACACCCGGUGAAGGAGUUCAUUACCUGUUUGCAGAACCACCCAGAGCACAUGUAAGAGACUGAAUGAGAUUUUUCUGGGGUUGCAGGCAAACUAAGAAACCAGUCGGCGUGAAGAUUCAAAGAGGAGCAGAGAAACAGGUUGGAUUAUUGUGCCUCAUCUAGCUGUUUAAAAUGAAAACACUACCUGUCUCAGUUUUUACUGAAUCAUUAAUGUUUUUUGGUGGUGCAUUUGUAAUGGGCUAAUGUGUUAUACAGUAGUAUGCAUUAAUGUACAACAAAAGGCAAUGAUAAACCAGUUGUCAUAUUGUUCUUAAAACCUUUAGGAUGUGAAUUGUCUUUAAAUGAAAGAGUGCUUUAGAUUCUCUUUGAUUAUCAUAAGAAUUCCUAUGCUAAUAUUUAAGAAAGAUAUGGAGACUAUAUUUCCAUAUCCUGGUUUAAUUUCAUGAUGAGAUGAAAGUACCAUGAAUGACUUUUGACCCUAGGGUAAAUAUGUCUUGUAAACCAUUUGUAUUUACUUAGGUUUAACCAAGGACUUGAAUAAAUAACUUAUUCAAAG